UCUCCUCGCCGGCGCUCAGCUGCGCAGUCUCCGGCUGCGGGCCUGUGGGGAGCAUGGCGGCGUCUUUAAGUGGGGAGAAGGAGAAGGAGCGGUCGGGAGGCGGUUCUGGAGCGGCCGGCGGUAACAGCACGCGAGAGCGGCUGCUGUCUGCGCUGGAAGAUCUGGAGGUCUUGUCGAGAGAACUUAUAGAAAUGUUGGCAAUUUCAAGAAACCAAAAGUUGUUGCCACCUGAUGAGGAAAACCAGGUCCUGGAGUUGUUAAUUCACAGAGAUGGGGAAUUUCAAGAACUGAUGAAAUUGGCACUCAAUCAGGGAAAAAUCCAUCAUGAAAUGCAAGUUUUAGAAAAGGAAGUGGAGAAGAGAGACAGUGAUAUUCAGCAACUACAAAAACAGCUAAAGGAAGCAGAACAAAUACUGGCAACAGCUGUUUACCAAGCAAAAGAAAAACUCAAAUCAAUAGAAAAAGCAAGAAAAGGUGCCAUCUCUUCUGAAGAAAUAAUUAAGUAUGCACAUAGGAUUAGUGCAAGUAAUGCUGUGUGUGCCCCACUGACCUGGGUUCCAGGGGACCCACGGAGACCAUACCCAACUGAUUUAGAGAUGAGAAGUGGAUUAUUGGGUCAAAUGAACAAUCCUUCCACUAAUGGUGUAAACGGUCAUUUACCAGGGGAUGCACUUGCAGCAGGCAGAUUGCCAGAUGUCCUUGCUCCACAAUAUCCAUGGCAGUCAAAUGACAUGUCAAUGAAUAUGUUACCACCAAAUCACAGUAAUGACUUUUUGUUGGAACCUCCGGGGCAUAAUAAAGAAAAUGAAGAUGAUGUAGAAGUUAUGUCAACAGACUCCUCUAGCAGCAGUAGUGACUCUGAUUAAAAACAUAAAAGACAAAAUUCAUACAGAAUUGAAUACUAUGGGGGGCACUGGGUGGCUCGGUUGAGCGUUGGACUCUUGAUUUUGCCUCAGGUCACAAUUUCAGGGUUGUGAGAUCAAGCCCCGCAUCAGGCUCCAUUCUGGGUGUGGAGUCUGCUUAAGAUUCUCUCCCUCCCUCUGCCCCUCUCCCUACCUCUCUCCCUCUUUAAAAAACAAACAGAAUAGAACUAUGGAAUUCUGUUUCUUAAACAAUUGCAAGCCUGUAAAAAAUAGCCAGGUAAUACUGGCUAUCGGGGAGUUGUGCAACCCAUCAAAAAUCAUUGGACUUUCUUUUUAAAGCCAAAAAUCAUGGUUUCAGUUCUAAACCACUAAGUGAAUAUUUGAAGAAUAAUCAAAAUUUUCUGUUGGAAAAAAAAAAUUACUCAAUGCCACUCUACCCUGUUAUAUUUUAGUUAUGUUGAACUUGUACAUAAUAGUGGUUCUGGAAAUAAAAGUUGAGGGAAAUGACCCACGUACAUACCGCUAACCACCCCUGGAUUAUUUAGAAAAGCAUUUUAAAUAAGGGCAGUGGAUCACCGAAUGUGUAUCAUAUCUUGAAAUAACAAAACCCUCAUUUGAAAGUGAAGGCUGGUAGCUUCUGUCACAGUAACGGGGGGGAUUUUCGCAAUUUGUACUAUCUGUAAUUAUUGUAAUUUUUGUAAAUAAACUCACUUUUGUUUGUACUCUA